GAAAAAUAAUUUUUAUAGUCUUCUCCGUUUGGGGGAAUUUGUCAGAAAGUCAAGCUUCCCUUUUUGUAAAAUUUUCAGCGGAGAUUGGAGAAGAACAAAAUUGUGUGUAAUCUAAUCCAAUCUCAUCAAAUCUAAGUUCAUUCGAUUGUUUUUUCGAUCGCUGCAGUCAGAUUCUCAGCGAAUCCACGAAAUCAUAUCUCUAAUUUGAUAGAAAUUCAUCCAAUUCUUCGCAGAUAUGCAAAGCCAGAUUGUUUGCGCCGGGUGUAGAACGGUGCUUCUUUACCCCAGAGGAGCUACUAAUGUUUGCUGCGCAAUAUGUAAUAUGAUCACUCCUGCGCCUCCUGGUGGGAUGGAAAUGGCCCAAUUAAUAUGUGGAGGCUGCCGAACAUUACUUAUGCAUGCCCGAGGGGCUGCCAGUGUUAGAUGCUCUUGCUGCCACACGGUGAACCUUGUACCUGCAUCAGCAGCACCACCACCAGCAACUCCACCAGCUCCUACUAAUGUUGCUCAUGUCAACUGUGGAAACUGCCAUACCAUGCUGAUGUAUCCUGCUGGAGCUCCAUCAGUUAAAUGUGCAAUUUGCCAUUUCAUUACAAAUGUUAAUAAUGGCGACACAAGGGUCCCUAUUCCUGUACAUAGACCUGGAGGGAUCACGACAUCUGCAUCACCACCUACUUACUUGGCACCAUCUCAGUCUCACAGUCAAACAGUCGUCGUGCAUAAUCCCAUGACUGUUGAUGAAAGCGGCAAGUUGGUGAACAACGUUGUUGUUGGUGUGACAACUUAGGAAUGCAAUGGAAACAGGACAAUUCAUAAUCUGUUCUGAUCUUCUGUUGUGAAUGGCUAUUUCUGAUCCUUGUCUGCUUCAAGGGUAUAGAGAUAUGAUGUGCAUAUUCUGGCUGUAGUAAUAUGCAUUAUCUAGGAUUGUUUGUAUAGGACUAAGAGGAGAUGACUUUUUUUAAUUUUUUAUUUUUUUUUCAUUUUGUGAAAAGUUUUAUUUUUAUUUUUGUCUUUUUUGUUGUUGCUGUUAUGCUACUCAAGAUAUGUAUUUUACUGUAACUUAAUGUUAUGAAAUAUAGUUGAAAAAGACAAAGUUACCUUA